AUGAUAUGGAGCCAGCCCCCCUGCCCCGUGGGACCAAAUCUUCCAUUGAAGGAGCAAGAGCAAACACACAAGACAUCUAGUCGAACUAGUCUUCCUCUGGGAAAAUCAAAGGGAGAUCAGCCCAUCAGUGAGGCCUUACAGGAGGAGAGUUUUAGGCAUGGAGAUUUGGUCAUUGAGGACUUCAUUGACUCAUACACCAACCUUACACUCAAGACAGUGUUCAUGCUGAAGUGGGUUCACCGCAACUGUCCAACAGUAAAAUUUGUCAUGAAGGUAGAUGAUGACAUUUUUGUCAAUGUAGUUAACCUUCAGAAGACCCUCCUGAACCAAACUAUAACAAAGACACCCCUCUUGAUGGGGAGCCUCAUCUGUGGUGCAAAGCCCAUCCAUGACCAAUGGUCUAAAUGGUACACACCACAGUACAUGUUUCGAGAGGGUAAAUAUCCCAACUACUUGUCUGGAACAGGCUAUGUGUACUCUGGGGACAUGGUAGGACGCUUAUUCAAGGCAGCCCUUGCUGCACCUUACUUCCACUUAGAGGAUGUCUUCCUCACAGGGCUGUGUGCACGAAGUAUUGGUGUUCGUCCUGUGGACAAUGUGGGUUUCAGUUACCAUCCUCGAGCUGUGAGCCCCUGUCUCUUCAAGGAGGUCAUAAUGGGUCAUGGGGUUGGCCCCUCAACAAUGGUCAAGCUCUGGAACAUGCUGAAUGAACCAGCGACAGUUGCCAAAUGCCAUCCUAUAAAAAAAUCAAAGCUAAGAAGUUACAAUCCUAAGUGUUCAUGGAGAUAAGUGAGACUGUGUUAAUGCUGUGGUGCUGUUUGUUAUGGCAUUAAUAAUACUUGUCAAAAAGUACAGUGUGUGUGUGUGUUUGUGUUGUGAUUAUAUUUUUUGUUCAAUGAGCCUGAGUACAUUAUAAUGUGUAUUAGUACUUAUGUAUAUAUGGUUGCAACUGUGUGUGUGCAUGUUCUUGCUAGCGCGAUGAAUUGUAUUGAAUAUGAAAAGGAAGUUAGUUUUUUUUUUAUCUUUUCCAUUUUUUCUUAUUUGUCUAUGCUCUUUUAUUUUAGCUUGCUUUAAGACAUGAAAAAACUUUUUGUGAGCCGUAGAUUGCCAAUGCCACAACCCUCACUAUGAAGGGAGUGUUUAUAAACUCAGUCCUAUUUACUGUGAUAUUAAUCAUCAGAAUUAAUGUUGUGUGAAAGAGGUGCAUCAAUAUCAGUUAUUUAUACAAUGAAAGGUCCUGCUGUUAAAACAGUGUUACAAGUCUUGCCAUCAAUUCCUCUUCUUGUAAUCAUACUCAUUUGUGCUGUUGAUUAAUCAGAUUACCUUUUAGGAGAUGUAGGUUUUAGUUUGUAUUUUAUGGUGAAUCUCACUAUCAUCAUUUGGGGUAAAGUCUGUCAUUAAUGCAUUUUUUUCUCUCAAUUUAUGAGCUUAUAUUUAUCUCAUUAUGGUUAUUAUUUCUUUUCAUAAUAAUGUCCAAUCACACAAGCUUUACUUGUGCAAUUGACUGGAUGGGUGCCAUAAUUGCUCAGACAUGAAAUACAGCAGGUAGAUGACCAUUUUCCUUAGGCAAGAAUGACAGUCAGUACAUCCAAAGUAGAAAGUAAAUAUUGUCCUUUAGUUAAAAAAAAAAAAAGUGAAUACAUUUGAGGGAAAAUUAUCAAAUUUUCCCUGCAUGUGAUGAUAAAUGCAUUGAUAAAUGUGAAUGGGAUGACUUUAGGACUUCAAGAGAGUCUUGCUCUUAAUAGACCCAAAUGCACUGGGUAUACAUGCCAUGCCCACUUUGAGUUUAAUUUAUUAAAUGCUUGUAUUCAUAGAUGGCUCCACAAGUCACCAAUGAGCCAGUUAUGAGUACUACCUGUUUCACCUGUUAUCCCCUUUCCUUGAUUUUCAAAAAUAUUUUCUUGUAUGUAAUAUUGCUGUUAGGAAUGUAAAUAACACUAUAAUAAUUAUAAUGUCUAUAAUAAAAAUAACAGCAUCAAUAUUGCUAGCUUUAGUAAAAAAACAAACAUUUUCCAGUAAACUCAAGGAAAGGUGCAAUCAGAUGAGGUCAGUCACAAGGUCUACUAAUUGACUCCUUUGUGGCUAAGCACUUGCAGAGCCAUCUAUAUGCAAAUACUUGUCUCAAAACAUUACUACAGUGAACACAACAUUUUCCUGUAGGCUUUGGGUAAGAACUUUACAAAUAAUGAUAAGUAGACUUGUUUCUAUAAAAAUUUAUAUGUCUCUUAUUAGGCAUAUAAAUUGCAACAUAUCAUUUAUUUAAUUAUUUAUUUUCCUGUAGCUGCUACAAAACUUGACUGGGGAAAGGAGACAUUUCUCAAGGUUUUGAGAUGGUGAUGAUAAUGACAAGAGCAUGUUGAAAUUGAGGACAACAGGAUGCCUACAACUUUGCAUUGAUUGGACAUUGUUGCUGAGUGCAUUGUAUUAUUGGUAGUAAUUCCUUAGUUGUGGUGGAAACCAUUUGUUACUAAAAAUAAAAAUGUGAUAUUGAAACCUGGUUAGAGAGGGUGCUAUUUUUUUUACUUUCUUUCUUUCUCUCAUUUCUUUAUAUUUGUACAGGUAAAAAAAAAA